ACAUUUAAAUUGUAAACACAUAAAAGUACAGAUUGUCCCAGGAUUUGCAUAUCACUAACGUUUUUACAGCAAAUUCCACAGAAACCAUUCAUCGGCGAGCAAGUACAGAUCGAUCUACUGCGGAUAUGAAGAACUUUGCCGAUUUGCAGACCAUGUUCAAGAGUACAGUAAGCGCUCCCAAUAGCGAACAGAUGGAUACUGCCAGUGAUGACGCUGGGACAUCUGAACAACAGCCGACAGAUACAGAUACAGAUACAGCUGCUGAUGUUGAUGUGGCUGUUGCUGUUGCUGUUGCAGUUGCAGAUGUUAAGGAUGUUAAGGAUGCUGAGAGUGUGGAAACCAAAUCGCAGGAAGUUGGAAACUCAGAUGAAUGCGAAAUUUCCAACGAGAUGGUGGCACAUGAACUUAUGCUUAAGCAUCCAUUGCAGAAUGUGUGGACUCUGUGGUAUUUGGAGAACGAUCGCACCAAAUCCUGGGAGGAUAUGCAAAACGAAAUCACUAGCUUUGAUACAGUCGAGGACUUCUGGAGCCUAUAUAAUCACAUCAAGCCACCGUCAGAAAUCAAAUUGGGCAGCGAUUACUCGCUCUUCAAGAAAGGAAUACGCCCCAUGUGGGAAGAUGCUGCCAACAAUAAUGGCGGCCGUUGGGUAAUCGCUCUCAAUAAGAUACUGAAGGAUGACUUGGACAAAUUGUGGCUUGAUGUGCUACUUUGCUUGAUUGGUGAAGUGUUUGAUCGUUUCGAUGAGAUCUGUGGCGCUGUUGUCAAUAUACGUGGCAAGAGCAACAAGAUAUCAAUCUGGACUGCCAAUGGGAACAAUAAGGAAGCAAUUCUUGAGAUUGGCCACAAGCUGCGCGAUGCCCUACGUCUGGGACCCCAGAACUUGCUUCAAUAUCAGCUCCAUAAGGAUGCAAUGUCCAAGCAGGGCUCCAAUGUCAAAUCGACAUUCACAUUGUAAACUCACAAAAUUUUUGAAGAGCCUAGCUACCCAGUGUUGAUUGUUUUCUUUUAGUAGAAUCUAAGUUUUAAUCGUAUUAAAGGCGAACACGUAACAAACACAUCCACACAAAUGCCCGGGCUUAAAGUAUAUGCUACAAAUGUACUUAUAUACGAGUAUUUGUUAUCGAAAAUUAUUAAAGUUGCUUUUGUUCAUUGUGAAACUCGCGAAAAAUAAAAGUUUUAUGUACACAUAUUGAAGAAAUA